UUUCGAUAACAAAAGUUUGACCACGCCCACUAAAUUGUCAUUAAACAAUCGUUACACAAAUAAGUGUAAUUAUCUUUUUUUUUGAAAAGAAGGCAAAUUUUACAAUGUGAUAUCAAAUUUACUUCGGUUCGAAAUAUUGUUUGGAUAUAUAAAUGUGAAGUGGUCAAACAUGGCAUAAUUAUUCCUGUGCGUAUGUGUGUGAUUUAUGAAUUUUAAUAGAGUAUAUAAGAUAUAGCGGUUACUAUGACAACCAAGUUCGAAAUGGACAAUAACUUUACAGCUAAUACUUAAUGCAUAUAUAGAAAAAAAACUCCAGACUAACCUUGACAAUAGAUUUGAAAAAUGUAGAACGAAAUGUUUAUCAAGGAGAAAAAAAAGAAUUCGAGUAACUCUAAUUAAAUAACUUUAGGAAGUUCGCACCCGUCACGAAAGAAUGACAACUAGUGACAUUGAGGCGUCAUUUCUCUUGUAACUAUACAAACUGAAAUUGUAACAUAAUGAAACUGAGAUUUACUAAAUGUAAGAAACAAAGCAAACACUAAUGGCAGAUGAACGUAUCUUAUUCACUACAAUACGAACACACGACAACUUUCGUGACCAAAUAUGCAUUUUUUUGUAAACAUAUUCAACAGUUAAUCAAUUAGUAACAUAUUAAACUAAAAUAACGGCAAUAUUAUUGGAUUUUACACCGAAAUGAUCUGAACAUUAAAUUAAAAAUGAAAAGGAUAACAUAUUGAUUAAAUAUCAUAUUUAAACAGCAAUAUGACAUUGCAUCAUAUCAUAAAUGAAGUUGAAGCUUGAAACUUUAGGUCACUUAGCAAUAAUGCUACAUACAAAUAUUAUAUUUGAACUAACAAGUAAUGAAAUAAACAAAGAAAUUAAUACCAAUGAUGAACAGAACAACGUAGGAGAUCAGUCAGAUACAAAUCGAGGUAAAUUAAAACUUCGCGGUCAAAUGAAAUAUAUGAGUGAAUGGGAUGCUAUCGUAUUUCUUGGAACACCAAUUAUGCGUGAUGUGGAUUCAAUGCUAGAACUAGGUUUAUAUUUAAAUGAUUUGAGUAUGCAUGAUUCUAGCCGUGAUAUGGUAUUGGCUGGUGAACAACAGUCGGCUGAACUGAAAUUAGCACUGGAACAGGAAAAUGAAAAAAGUAAACGUUUGGAAGAAAGUUUAAGAAGAUUAGACGAAGAAAUGAGAAGAACUGACGAAUUAUUAUAUCAGAUGAUACCACGUUCUGUAGCUGAAAGGCUUAGAGCUGGUGAAGCUGCAGUAGAUACUUGUGAGACAUUCGAUAAUGUCACCCUGUUAUUAAGUGAUGUAGUAGGAUUUACAACAAUAUGCAGUGGUCUUGCACCAUUGGAAGUUGUAAGUCUACUUAAUAAACUUUAUUCAGUAUUCGAUGGACUUACAGAAAAACAUAAAGUUUAUAAGGUUGAAACGAUUGGUGACGCUUACAUGAUUGCAUCAGGAUGCCCAUCACGUACAGAUUAUCAUGCUCCAUUUAUUGCUGAGAUGGCACUCGAUAUGGUUGAAUCAGUUCAAACAGUUAAAGAUGAAUCUAAGGAACCACCAGAAAGUUUACGAAUACGUGUUGGUGUACAUUCAGGUCCAGCCGUUGCUGGUGUUGUAGGUGUAAAAAUGCCACGUUAUUGUUUAUUCGGUAGUACAGUUACAACAUCGGAACUAAUGGAACAAACUAGUUCACCUCAAAGAAUACAAGUCAGUGUGAAAGCAUAUGAAAAUCUUUUAAAAUACGGUGUUUAUGAUUUAACUGAGAAGGGAAGAGUUGAAUUAAAAGAUGGUGGUACAAUAUUAACUUAUUGGUUAAAUGGUAGAUCAAAUUCUUCAGAUGAUGAGAAAACUGCUAAAUUCUUAGAUGAAUUAAAUACUGAACGUGAAAGAAUUGCCGAUUCCAAUAUGGCUUCAUCACAUCAACGUUCUGGUGAAAGCUGGGAAUCUGUAACAGCUAGUCGUUGUAGUUCCGCUAGAACAUUGGCAUCAAAACGUAGUUCAAUGUCAAUAUCUCAACGUGCUAGUUUAGCAGAUCCAGGAAUUGAUAUAAAAUCAAUGGCAAGAUUAAAAAGUUUAGCACAAAUUAAUGAAAAUAAUAAACGUUAAAGUAUUACAAAGUAGAAAUUGAAACAAACAAACAAACAAACAAACAAACAAAAAGUCCCUAAAUGAAUAAACAAUGACAAUAUAGAAACAUUUAAAAAGGAAAAGAGAGAAGAGUGAAUAUUUAUUAUUAUUAUUUUUGUUGGUUUUGUUUUCAUUGUUUCGUUGUACUUAUUAUUCUUCUACUUCGAAACAACAACAAACAUUUGAUUGAACAUAAUUAAGAUGAAAUAUGUUUAUCAAUUAAAUAAGGAGAAUGUUUAUUUAGAGUUAUUAUUUGUAUGUAUU